AUGCCAAAGUCAAGAAGAUCCAAGCUGGUAACGUUGGCACAGACCGACAAAAAGGGCAAAGAGAACAAGGUGAGAAUCUUUGACGAGAUCAGAGAGAACCUUGACAAGUUCAGUUAUGUCUGGGUGCUGAGGUUGGAUGACGUUAGAACCCCAGUUUUGCAGGAUAUUCGCAGCGCUUGGAUUGGAUCGAAGCUGAUCCUCGGUAAGCGUAAGGUUCUGCAGAAGGCCCUGGGAGAAUCACCAGAAGAUGAGUACAAAGACAACUUGCACCAACUUUCCAAAUCGAUAGACGGUGUAUGUGGUCUGUUAUUCACCAACGAGACACCAGAGACCGUCACGGACUAUUUCAGUGCAUACUCCAAACAGGAUUAUUCAAGAUCCAACACAAAAUCACCAAUAACCUUCGUUAUACCUGAGGGAAUAGUGUAUUCCAGAGGAGGCCAAAUAGCCAUUGAGGAAGAUGUUCCAAUGUCCCAUUCCAUGGAGCCCACCAUGAGAACUAAGCUCAAGGUUCCUACCAAGAUCAAGAACGGAAAGGUUUUCCUGGAAGCGCCUUUUGCUGUGUGCAAAGAAGGUGAUGUGCUGGACGUGACACAAGCGUUGAUCUUGAAGCAGUUUGGCGUCGCUGCCAGUGAGUUCAAGGUCAAGCUGGUUGCAUACCACGACGGAGACAAUUCGACUGUUAACACUGUAUAA